UAAGAACAUACCAAUAAAUAUAAAUCAUGCCAAAGUAGAAGAUGAUGAUGAUGACGAAACAGAUGAAUUUGAUCCUCUUGGAACAAAUCGUACUAGACAUUUGAGUAAUUCAUUAAAAUCUUUAGAAAAAAAUAUUUGGAAAGAAGACGAUUAUUUCAAUUUAUAA